AUAAGGGGCGCUUGCGCUCCUACAAUUGAAGAUGAACAUAGAUCCUAUGCUCUUCCCAAAAUCCAAUAAUUUCACGUGAGACUGACAGUCUGUUUCGUUGACUACUGAUCCGCAAUGAAAAUCGGACAUUAUGACUCUUCACACGCAUCGAAGCGAAAGAUGAGAUCUUCACGUCGGAAACCUGAUCCCGACAAUAAUCCAAUCGAAAUAGCCCGCUUAAUCGCAUGCUACGAGCGAUAUCGUCAAUCUCAGCUCAGGUUCUGCUCAGCUUUCCGCGCAGCCCUGCCUCGCGAAGUGAGAGACAUGGUCUACGACCAUCUCAUCACUUCCCGGAGGCAACAUUACGUUGUUGAAAGACGUGAUAUAUCGACUGGAAUACGAUCAGGUCUAUACAUCACUCACGACCGCGGUGGCCGGUCUUUCUUCGACGCUCAACCACCUUUACCCGAAGACCCUGCCAUGUGUCGCGAUGUAUGGAGGUACGCCGAGUACACAGGUGAAGCAGUCGCGAAAGAGAUAUCGGAGCGUUGGUACUGCACCGGCGGCUUCAUAAUUUAUACCCCUCAGGACUGCUUGUUGGGGAAGUUGCUCACGCAGGAUGUCUGGCAAAGAGGAAAUGUGCCUGCGGAUAUCGUUCGAUACAUACGCAUUCAUCUCAGCUGGGAUCAGAUUUGGGGUGGCGCCUCGCGUGUCGUAGCUGAUCUGGAAAACCUUUUUACGUUGCCUAACAAAGACAUGAAGAUAAUCUUCCAGAUAGACGAUCAUGUGGAAGGACUUGACCCCGGACCUUCGCAGUGGCCUGUCCUGCAAAGUUUGUUGAAGGCGUUUGCGCCGUGUAUUCAUCGUUUGCGCGCUGAGGGGUUUACUAGGAUUAAGGUGUAUCAGGGGGUUAUUCGUAGGCUUCGUGAGAAGUGGCCGUGGAAUGGAUCUCAUAGGGAUAUCACGAAUUGGUUUGACCUACAGGAGGAGGAGUUUCAAAAGGUGUUUUUGGGGGAAAGUGGAGAUGAUGAGGAUAGUCGACAGCGGAUCGCCGAUGUCCUUUUGAAGCUUAGUGACUAAAGAAUCACGUAAUUGCUAGAGACGUAGAAGAUGGAAAAUGAGUCUAUUUAAGAGAGGGUGGGGAUUGAGAAGAAGCCUCAGGGAGGUCAGCCAACGCUAUAUCUCCAUAGGGGUUAGGAAGAUUUCGACCAAACACAUCCAAUGCUUGACCAGACCCUCAAGAAAACCUUC